CACGAUCACAUUUACCUGCCCGAGUCGCAGGGUGUAUAUGUGACUCUUGCUGCUCAUGGGGCAUCGUCGCACCCUUGUUUGAAUGCUCCUCCUGUGUUCAUUAACGUGGGUCUGAGGGCAGCUCUGUAUUAUUGUUUCAUUGAAUCCGCUGCUCGUGGAUAGUUUGCCUGGCGGAGUGGAUCAAGACAAUGCAAUCCCUGGAGAGCAGAGCUGCUGUUCUGUCUCUCCACGCUGCUGUAUGAGGGCUGAUGGAUUUAAAGUCCAGAUCUUAUCAGUGCUGUUGAAAGGCAAGGAUCCCUUGCCUCCUAACCAGUCUGUGCUGUGAACUGCAGGAUGGGGACUCUGAGGCAUGUGCUGCUGCUGCUGCUGCUGCUGCUGCUGCUUGAACCCGGAGCCCAGCUCGCUGCAGGACUGAGCUCCGCUCUCGGCUCCUCUCGUCACAUUAACACCUGCAGCGCCGCGGAGGAGAGGCUCUGUGACUUUGUGUGCGACUGUCCCGAGGACUGCAGCGAUGAAGAGGACUGUGGGUACGACAGUGAACCACCCUUUACCUGCGACUUUGAGAAGGACACCUGCGGCUGGACAGACAAGAAUGUCCACUCCUACAAGUGGGGGAGACAAAGAGGUUACAUCUCGGGGAACAGUGCUUCUGACCACACCCUGGGGACAGACCGAGGCUGGUUCAUGGCAGUGGGAGCAGUCCAUGACAACAUCCUGACCACUGCGGUGCUGGUCUCUCCACGCAUGAGGCAGGCCGCGCCCGCCUGUGAGCUUCGCUUCUGGUAUCAAGUGUGGGACUCCGGUCGCGUGGGUGUGGAUGCAGGGAGCCUGUUCGCCACGCUGCGGUCCAGCUCUCGGGAGGCCGUGGUGUGGCGCGGUGCUGGGAGCAGCGUGCGCGGCUGGAGGGAGGCCUCCAUCUUCACGGGCCGCGUCCCCGAGCCGUUCCAGAUCGUCUUCACGUCCCGCCGCAGCCUGUCCUACCCCGGAGACAUCGCCAUCGACGACAUCAACUUCCGCAACUGUGCCCUGCCCCAGCCGGUGUCCGCGUGUUCUGACCAGUUCCCCUGCGCUCGGGGGACGUGCGUGGAGAUGUGGCAGACCUGCGACGGGACGGAUGACUGUGGAGACUCCAGCGAUGAGGACGCAGAUCUGUGCGCCCAAUAUAGGAAGUGCGACUUCCAGAAUGGGACCUGUGAUUGGACUAAUCGCAAAUGGGAAAGGACCAAUCAGGUGUCGUUCAGCUCAUCUGACCUGCUGUCAGGCCCUGCCAGAGAUCACACUGAGAACACCAAUGCAGGGUAUUUCUUGUAUAUUGGAAACAGCAAUGGCGCCACACUUCUGAGUCCAUCUAUUGAGCCCACCAACGAUACUGAGCCCUGCUUCCUCGUUCUCUAUUACCACAUGUUCGGACCCCGGGCUGCCAGUCUCAACAUCUACCAUCGAACCCAAGACCCCGCAGAGCUGAUCCCAGCGAAGAGCGAGCAGGGAGAGAGGGGCGACCUCUGGGUCAGGGAGAAGGUCCACUUCUCAGUCAACACCUCCUUCCAGAUUGUGAUUGAAGGCGUUCUCGGAGGAGGUAGAUUUGGGAACAUUGCUCUCGAUGAUCUGAUCCUGUCCCCGGGCUGUAGAAUCUCGAAUGACUCUCUGUCUCCAGACUGGGAGCUCCCCACAGCCGUCCCCAGCAGGUGCAACCAGGGCCAGUUUGAGUGCAGGAACGGGAGGUGUGUGGAUCAGAACCUGGUCUGUGACUUCAGAUUGGACUGCAGCGACCAGUCGGAUGAGAUGGACUGCGGUAAUGCCACGUUUGACGUCAGCGACGGCGGUUGGAGAGACCACAGUGUUGGACGGCUGGAGUGGACAGUGAGGCAGAGCACCAGCUCCUCCCGCGGAGGUCACCUGUCCCUGGCCAGGGCUCACGGUCAGCUGCUGUCCAAAGCCAAAGCUCUGAGUCCAGUCCUGGGUCCCUCGGGGCCGGCCUGCUCCAUGCAGUUCAGAUACCUGCUUUACAGCAACUCCACCUUCACAGGGGGGAUCUCGGUGAGCUCAGUGGACCGGGCUCUGGGCACGGAGGUGCUGCUCUGGCGCACUCACAGGAUGCGGAACAAGUGGACCAGCGUGACGGUCAGCGUGGGAGCGAGACCGAGAGGAUUCCAGAUAGAGAUCGCCGCCCUGGUGGAUAAUUUUGUUCCCAGGGUUCAAAAGGUCGCAGUCGAUGACAUCGCGUUUCUGAACUGCUCCCCAGACCUCGAGCCUCCGACUGCAGCAGAUGUGUCGUGCAACUUCGAAGCGGGGCUGUGCGGGUGGUACCAGGACCAGACUGAUGAAUUAGAGUGGAUCCAUGACGUUGGACCCGGGUUCGACCACACCACUGGCUCGGGUCACUUUGUGUUUGUCGAUGUCUCAUCCCCUGACCUGCGAGGGCGCUCUGCUCGCCUGCUCUCCUACCCCCAGCGCUCCUCCGUUGAGACCAUGUGCCUCUCCUUCUGGUACCACCUGUUCGGGCCGCACACCGGCACUCUGUCCCUGAAGCUGAGGCUAGGUGGAGGGGAUGAGGAGACGGUCCUGUGGACGCGGUCGGGCACACAGGGGAACGAGUGGCAGCGAGGUCUCUCCCCGGUCCCACACCAGAACCGCACCUUCGAGUUGGUGUUUGAGGCGCUGCGGGAUGGCUUUGAUGGAGAUAUCUCCCUUGAUGACAUCACCCUGAGCUCCCGGCCCUGCCCGGCUCUGCAGAGCUGCUCUUUCGAGGCGAGCCAGUGUGACUUCGUCUCCAGCGGGAGAGGGGGCUGGAGGAAGCAGAGCGGCUGGACCGGGGGCAUCGCGAGCGGGCCAAAGACCGACCACACCCUGGAGACCGACAGAGGGUUCUAUAUGAUCGUGGAUACGAGUCAUGAUGUCAUGUCAAGAGGCCAGUCUGCCAGCCUGUACUCUGGACUCACCAGCGCCCUCAGGGGGCCGGAGUGUGUACAGUUCUGGUACCACAUGAGCGGUGACAAGCCAGGUCAGUACACGUGCACACCAGAGGGGAAUCACACACAAACGCUGCACACUGCACUGCACACCCAGGUUGGGUUUCCUUUGCUGUGUGACUUAUCCUCGGGUCUGUGUGUGUGUGUGUGUGUGUGCGUGUGGCAGGGCUCUCUCAGCGUGUUCGUGGAGGCGAGUGGAGGGCAGCGUGUGGAGGUGUUCUCAGAGAGCGUGACUCAGGGAGCAGCCUGGCGCUUGGGAAACGCAAACAUCAGCGCCAGCGCGGAGUGGAAGAUCAGUUUCCAAGCAGUUGGGGCUGCAGGAACCUCGUCCCACAUUGCAGUCGAUGACAUCACCUUUCAAUCCGGGAGCUGCCCCAGAGCAGGUUUCUGUGAUUUUGAGCGGGGGCUGUGCAGCUGGACUAACACACAGAGCCGGGCUCUGGACCAGCUGGACUGGGACUGGACCAGCGCCGGGACCAGCGGGAAAUACCCCGGGCCGGGUCUGGACCACACCCUGAAGACCAGGACCGGUCACUACGUGUUCCUGUCCAGCAGGAGUCGGGCCGGGCCGGGCCAGAAAGCCUGGCUGUUGAGUGAGCACAUGCCCGCCACCCAGGGCUCCUGUCUGGGCUUGUGGUACCACCUGGACUCUGCCAUCCCCAUCCACAUGGGUGAGCUCAGGGUCCUGCUGUACAGCAGAUUCCAGUCCUUCCAGAGCUGGGAGGUCAGAGGUCACACUGGGAACUGGGCCUUCGUCAAUAUCACCCUGAAGAGCAGCAAGGAGUUCCAGGUCGUGUUGGAAGCCUCCACAGGGGAGUCUGGCGCCAUCGCCCUCGAUGACAUCACGUACAACGCUGGGGUGACCUGUGAGGGGGUGCAGAGUGACCGUCCGGCCCCAGUAGCUCCCUCUUCAGACCACUACUCGGGGACCGUGGCCGUCGUGUUUGUGGUCGUCCUGCUCCUCUCCACCGUGGCCGGCGUGCUGCUGUUCCUGUACCGUCGGCGCAGGGGGUCCCUGUCCUGGGGGCCCCUGUCCUGGGGGUCCCUGUCCUGGGGGUCGCUGUCCUGGGGGUCCCUGUCCUGGAGGUCUCUGUUCAAGGGGUCCUCCGAGACGGGGAGCGAGGAGCCAGGCUUCGACAACAUUGGAUACAGCUGCAGUGAUGAGGACAGGAUCACAGUCCCUUCCAUGCCGGAGUCCUAGAGAGACAGCGGAGCGCCUGAUCCCCUCAUUCUCUUCUCUUUCCUCAGCAGUGGAGGCGCUGCUCAGCUGAGACAGCGCACCCUGCUGGCAGGGAGGACACCACAGCAGGAGAACUGCUUGUGUCCUCUGUCAGUCAUCUGCGCCGGGCUUCCUGGAGAAAACCCAGAGACAGGACCAGCUUGAAACACACCCGGAACUCAAAGCCAAUCAGAAAAUAUAUCAGAAUCAGACAUCAGGGAGGGGAAGAUGCAGAGAAGAUUUUUAGAACAAAGAAAAAUCAAAUGCAAUUAUUUAUCAUUAGUUUGUCGUACAGUAGAAGGAUUAUCCCUAUUCGCGAUGUUCUAAUUCUUGAGUGAUUUAAAGAAUAUGUGGUUUUAAUAAAUGCAGUAAAUUAA